AUGGCAACUCAACAGUUAGCAUCAUGGGCAACGUCAUUGAAGUACUCCUCUCUCCCAGAAACGGCCACUACAGCAGCAUCCCGCAGCUUCUACAACUGGUUGGGCUGUGCGCUAGGAGGAUCACGACAUAAAACCACAACGAGAGCGUUCCAAGCACUCAGGCCAUUUUUUGGACCCGCGACUUCUACCGUCCUCGGGCAUGAGAGCAAGGCAAAAGCAGAUGCAUCCCAUGCUGCUUUGAUCAAUGGUAUCGCCUCGCAUGUCCAUGACUAUGACGACACGCAUUUGGAGACAAUUAUCCAUCCGACAGGACCCGUGGCGAGUGCCCUGCUCGCGCAGGCCGAGGCGCUUGAUCGAGAUGUUGGUGGAGAGGAAUUCAUCCUCGCACUGAUCGUUGGCAUCGAGGCGGAAUGUAAAGUUGGACUGGCAGUCUGGCCGAAGCAUUAUGAUAUUGGCUGGCAUAUCACAAGCACGACCGGAUCAAUCGGGGCGGCUGUUGCUGUUGGCAAACUCAUGGACCUGACAUCUGAGCAGAUGGCACACGCCAUCGGCAUCGCAGCUACACAAGUGACGGGGCUACGGGAAAUGUUUGGCUCCGACACAAAGUCAUUCCAUGUCGGACGUUCAGCGCAGAAUGGACUCAUGGCAGCCGUUCUCGCCUCAAACGGUUACACCAGUUCCCUACAGGCUCUCGAAGCCAAACGAGGCUGGGCCAAUGUCGUAAGCGUAUCCAACGACCUCGAUGCGCAGAUAGCCUCACUCGGGAAAGUCUGGGAGACCGAGAAGAAUUCCUUCAAGCCGUUCCCGUGCGGCAUUGUCGUCCAUCCCAUCAUCGACGGGUGUAUUCAACUCCACCGCGAACUAAAGGCAAAGGAUCUAUCGACAGCGAGAUUGAAAAGCGCACACGCUAGAGUCCAUCCCUUGGUAUUGGAGUUGACGGGCAAGAAGACACCAAAGGACGGUCUCCAAGCAAAAUUCAGCGUCUAUCACGGCGGAGCCGUAGGUCUGGUGCUGGGCAAAGCAGGACCAGCGGAAUACGAGGACCGUGUGGUCACCAGUGAAGAAAUCAUUACCGUUCGGGAUAAGAUCACUGCCACGGCGGAUGAGACGCUGGGUGCUGAUGAGGCUGAGAUCGUGCUGGAGUUUGAGGGUGGUGCGGAAUUGAAGAAGCAUGUCUCACAUGCUGUGGGCAGUCUGGAGGUGCCGAUGACAGACACGCAAUUGCAGGAGAAAUUCGUGGAUCAGGUUGCUUUGGUCCUUGGUGGCAAUGGUGCUAAGCAGGCGAGCAGUGUUGUGGAGAGUUUGAAGGGUGUGGCGUCUAUACGCGACCUGGUGGCUAGGAUUCUCGGUUCUCCUUGA